AUGGGCAUCGAAAAGACGGCUGUCGCGAGUAUGUACGGACUCGCUGAGCAUGUUCUCGCUGCCACAUCAGGAGCGUCACCCCAUGCUACAUGUUCGGACUUGCGAUGGUCAAUUGGCAAUCUUGAAUUCAGCCGAAUGAUUGGUGGCGUCGACGUUCGAGUUGUCGAUCCAGACAGCUGCAAGUUGGUUCCAGAAGGCGUGGAAGGGGAGAUUUGGCUAAGUAGUCCAUGCGUCAGUGCUGGUUACUGGGGUAAACCCGAGCUGUCUAAUUCCGAAAUGAAGGCGAAACUCGACGGUGCGGACACUGAAGAUCUUUCUUAUCUACGCACAGGCGAUAUAGGUUUCAUUCGUGAAAACGAACUGUACUUUGUCUCCCGGUUGAAGGAUCUCAUCAUCAUGAACGGGAAAAAUAUUGCCCCUUCGGACGUUGAACGAGCCGCUGAAACGGGGUUUCCAGACAAGUUACGGCCAGGAUCAAGCUGUGCCUUCCAAGCCACCCCCGAAUCCGCCGUGCUCCUUUGUGAAGCGCGGGAAAAUUUUACCAAGAAUCCUCAGGCUCUUGACUCGCUCGCACAAAAGGUUCUGCUACACGUCGAGGAGAACGUGAGUGGGAUUAAAGUUGACGAAGUCCGGAUUCUUAAAAAGGGCUCCGUAUACAAGACGACAAGCGGUAAAGUCAAACGCAAGGCAAUGAAAUCCCGCUGGGAGUGUGGCGAAUUGCCCGAUCCUGUUGGAACGACCCCUUCGCUCGAUAGCAAGUGCAGCGGUCUGCAUCGCGCAGCUACUCUCGAAGAACUCUUUUCCUUGGCUGGAGCAGUAGACCCAAGCCGUACGCUGGUCGAGAAUGGCAUUGACUCCAUGCAACUAGUUGCGUUGGAAGGAGUUGCGAGAGAGAAGUUUCAAGUCCAGCUAAGCUUUUCGCAAGCGUCAUCAUUGACAGUGGAGGAGCUUCUGGUUUCCUUGAGAGAGAAACAGGAGAAUGUCGUCUUGUCGAUUCCAACGAAUCCUCCGUUCGACAGCACAUUGGUCCGGAAGCUGAUCCCAUCGAGGAUUCUUCGAGUGCCACGGCAAACGGUGGUCCUUCUUCUGACCUUUGUAGUCAUUUUUGUCUCGAUUAUGCCGUCGGCUGUAUACAUCAAACAUAACUGGCACUACAAGUCGGAAUGGUGGAUUCACAACUCGAGAACUGGUCCUUUGGUCUUUCUUGCCAUACCAAUCUGGAUGGCUACCUAUUCGGCUGCUUGUAUUGCUAUCAAGUGGCUCCUCCUUGGCCGCAUUAAGGCCGAUGACCGGUAUGUCAUGUGGUCAGGCGUCUUCGCUCGAUGGUGGACCGUGACCCGCCUUGUCGCCGUAUGGGAGGCCACAGUUGGACAUUUCCUAUCGGAUACGCCCAUCAGAAACGUGUUUUACAACCUUAUGGGUUCGAACAUUGCGAUCACGGCGCGACUCCACACCCCGAUUCGAUGCUGGGAUCUUGUAACAAUUGGAGCCAAGAGCGAGAUCAAAGGCCACAUCUUUCCUCGAACAAUGCACUGGACCGGCGCAUACUUUCAAGAGGUAGUCGUCGGGUCUGAAUCCGUCGUUGGUAGCGGUGCUGUUGUCAUGGCCGGCAGCAACGUGGCUAGCCGUGUUCGCAUCGAGAGCCGUACAGUAGUCCCACCGGGCGGCAGUCUCAAAGCUGAGAAUGCUAAGUGGAGUGGCCUCCCGGCUACCAUGAUUGAGAGCGAAUCGUAUUCGCCAUCUCCGACGCUCAUUGGUCCGCUGGGACUCUUGCUUCGUUGCUUGACCCCAUUUGCUCUUUUUGCGUUGAUGGUCAUUGCAUGGUGGGUGGCGAACGAAAUCGGACCUUCAGCUCCUGAACCCUCUGUGAGCAGCAGCUGA